CUACUCGCACAUGAAUGUCUGCCUCCAGCGGCCAAGAAACCGAGGGCCGGCGGCCCACGUUUCACUAUCCAGCUAACGUUUGGCAACACUGACACGAUGGCAGCGUUCAAGGAGCGAAUGGAAGCUCUAAAGUCCGCUCUCGCUCCUGCGGGAGCACUGACCUCCAUUGAAGCCGAGUCCUGAGGAACUAGCCCUAGCCCUAGCCCUCAGCAGAGUCCUGAGGAACAUCCUUGGAGGA